AUGGGAGUUGCGCCAGUGAGCCAGGAGGAGCUCUAUGGCAUCGAGCAGCAGCUGCGAUGGGCGGGCAACACUGGAGAUUUGGCUCACGGCAGACGGAUCCAUCGUGUCAUUCUUGGCACCGGCCUCCGAUACAACCGCUUUGUCUCCAAUCUCCUCAUCCAGAUGUACGGCAAGUGCCGGAGCAUCAAAGACGCGACCGAAGUCUUCAGAUCGAUUGCGCGCCCGGAUUUCUACUCGUACAACAUCAUGAUCACUACAUUUGCCUUGAACGGGCAUCUGGAUGACGCCAAUGCUCUCUUUCUUUCGAUGCCCACCAAGGACUUGAUAUCUUGGAACACGGGGUUGGCAUUGUAUGGAAAAUUGGGCCGGCCACACGAUGUAAAGCGAAUGCUUUUUUUUAUGCCCCAACACAGCGUUGCGUCCUGGACAAGUGUCGUGCAUGCAUAUGCCCGCAUUGGGCAUCUUGACGAGGCACGAAGAAUGUUUGACCGCAUCCCUGAGGUCAACACCGUCGCGGCAAAUGUGAUGCUCUCGGCAUAUUCUCAGGCUGGAAGUUACAAGCAGGCGCUAUCGCUGUUCCAGAGCAUAGACCAACGAGAUGUGAUUUCGUGGAGUGGGAUCUUGAUGGCAUAUACCCAAGCUGGCAGCCUACGCGGCGCCAAAAGAAUCUUUGAUUUGAUGCCCAAACGAGACUCUGCAGGGUGGAAUAUAAUGGUCACUGCAUAUGCCCAGAAUGGGCAUAUGUCGGAGGCAAAGGGGCUGUUCCAUUCCGUGCCGGAAUUGACGAUUGUUACGUGGACGGCCAUGAUUGCUUUGUACAGCGAGUGUGGAAACCUCCGAGAGGCAUCUUUCAUGUUUGAUUUAAUGCCCAGCAGGAACAUUAUCAGCUGGAAUGCAAUCCUAGCCGCACACGCCCAAGACGAAAAUUUCACGCUCCUAAAGUCCACCUUUGAUUCCAUGCCGGAACGCGAUGCCGUUUCGUGGACGACCUUGAUACAAGCAUACGGGAUAAAUGCUAAAGUCUUUCUAGCGGAGAAUACGUAUAGAAAAAUGCCCCUCUGGGAUCUAGUCUCAGGGACUGCUCUUUUGGCGGUAUAUGCCGAGAAUAAGGAUCCAGACAAUGCGAGGAUGCUAUUCGAUGAAUUGCCGGAGCGCAACCUGCUGACGUGGAACAAAAUGGUUGCUGCGGUGGCAGCCAGCACGGAGCCAAAGGCAAUCUCAGACAAGAUGCCGGCCUAUGACAUGGCCACGUGGAACACCAUGAUUGAGGGAUAUGGAGGGAGCGGCAACCUUGCUGACGCGGAGGCCUUGUUCCAGAGCGUGAGACACGUCAGCGACUCGGUGAUGUGGACGACAAUGCUCCAGGCGUACGCGACAUGUGGUGACGUGGAGAGAGCCGAGGGGACGUUCAAUGACAUGGCUGCCAGGGACGGGGUGACGUGGAUCGUCAUGCUGGCAGCGUACGGCACGAACGCGCGGCUGGCCGAGGCGGUCCGUACGUUUGAGGCGAUGCCAAAGAGAAACGCACUGGCUUGGAACACGAUAAUGAGCGCUUGCAUCACUCACGGCCUGGUGGAUCGAGCAGCGGAGAUCUUUGCAGCGAUGCCGGAGCCCAAUCUCGCGUCCUGGGCCGCGCUUUUUGGAGCUUUCGCUCACGAAGGAAACACCAACUUUGUCAUCGAGUUCUACCGGGAGAUGAAUCUCGCGGGAGAGAAACCCGACGAGAAUGUGUUCUUGAGUAUCCUCGCCGCCUUUAGCCACGCCGGGAUGAUCGACGAGAGCUUGAAACACUUCGAGUUCCUGUCGGAUCACGGCCUCGCGGCGAUCAAGGAGCACUACUGCUGCAUCGUGGAUGUUCUGUCCAGAGCCGGCCAGUUGAAAGAGGCUGAGAAGCUGAUAGAGACCAUGCCUUUCAUUCCGGAUCAAUCAGCCCUGGGAGCACUGCUGUGUGCUUGCAAGACGCAGAGUGACAUCGAGCGAGGAUCGCGAGCAGCGAGGCUCGCGAUCGAUCUCGAGCCUGAAAGUUCCUGUGCACCACUGGUGGGAAUCGUGAACAUCUACUCUGAGAACCCUCUGAGUUAA